CACACCGAGCAUGUCGUCUUUUGAGUCGUGCUUCUCCUGCGGAAUGUCGGGCCAUUGGUCCAGAAAUUGCCCCUACUCCUUUGGAUCCAACACCUACUCGCGCUUCCGGACCCAGGCAAGAUCCACUCCAGCCGUCCCUUUCACCGGGUACAGACCACCAUUCUCGUCAUGGCACGCCCCAUCUUACCAGAUGCAGAGAGCAUUGCCUCAAGCAAGCCAGCAUGGAACCACCUCGACAGGGCCGUUUGACACCGCCAGUACUAGCAACGCCUCAGCAUUGCCCAAGGCACAGUAGAGACAAUGUUUGCAAGAAGUUUGAUGACGUUCUUAAGAUCGUUCGCAACCACCCCUUUUGGCUUGAUUUUCCACGCCAUUUUCAAGCUCAGAAAGAAUUAAUCCUGUUAGACGCAAUUUUUGCUAAAUCUGAGGGUACGGUUAAAGCUUAUUUCUACAAAUGUCGUCAAUUUUUGUCCUGGUUAGAGUCACAAGGUAUUCCUCUGGUGCUCCCCGUUUCUGAAGAAGUGUUAGCAAUUUAUCUGUCGCACACAAAAUCACACUCAGACUCUGAUAGUGUUUUAAUUUCUACCGCUGCCUCAUUAAGAUGGUUGCAUUCAUUGGUUAAUAUAAAAAGUAACCCACUUGAUUCACCCAUUAUUCAACAUGUCAUCGUUAGCGGUAGGCGUGAACUACAUCAUCCGCCUGUACAAAAACAGCCAAUUUCACUUAGUCGGGUUAAAGCAAUUAUCGACCUUUUCGCAGGUCCUGAGGCCUCGCUUUUAGAGCUUAGAUCAGCCUGCUACGUCUCUCUCAAAUACGCUCUCCUUUUUCGACAUAACGAGAUGGCCGGGAUGAAAGCUAACCACUUAUCUGAACUGGCUAACAAAAAAGGUAUUUCUAUUUUUAUACCAAAAUCCAAAACCGACGUUUUCAGAGACGGUAGUACUGCCUUUCUUUGCGAUACAUUGGACAACUACUCACCUGUUGCGAUUUUACGUCGAUUUUUAGAAGCUGCUGGUAUUAAUUUGGGUCAAGACAAAUAUUUGUUCACCCCUGUUAGAUAUUUGUCCGGUACGAAAACGUACAAAAUUGGUGCUGAUAGACCCUUAAGUAACACUAGGUGUAGAGAGUUGUUUUUUUGAAGCCCUUAGGCGCAUAGGUGUAAGCGAUCCAAAGGUAUAUGGUCUUCACAGUCUGAGAUCAGGCGGGGCUUCCCACCUAGCUAACAAACAUGUUCCUGAAGCAUUGAUAAUGCAACAUGGUCGCUGGAAGACCUCCGAGGCUAAAAACAGAUACGUCAAAUGGGAUACCAAAGAAAGAUUAGACCUGUCACAUACACUUUUCAAAGAGUAAUUGUCGAAUAUUUCACUUCUGGUUAUACAAUGUAUACAAUAUUCUAUAUGUUCUUUAGGGGUUUUCCUUUUUGGUUGUGUGUAAUAAUUUGCAUUACUACUAUUGAUAGUCAGCAGUACUUAUUAAAAUUAGGUGAGAUUUUUGUAUUAACAAGUAUAAGGAUCAGAUGAUCCGAAACGGUCAAGUGACCGGUCCAGUAUACGAGUUAUAUUUAUUAUUUAUGAUUAGAGAGUCAGCAAUACUUAAUUUAAAUUCAGUGAAAUUCUGCAUUAACGAAGUAAGGAUUAGAUGAUCCGAAACGGCCAAGUGACCGGUCCAGUAUAUGAGUUAUAUUUAUUAUUUAUGAUUAGAGAGUCAGCAGUAAUUAAUUUAAAUUCAGUGAAAUUCUGCAUUAACGAAGUAAGGAUCAGAUGAUCUGAUACGGUCAGAUGACCGGUAACGUGUUUAAAAAAAAAACAAAA